AUGGGGAAGGCGGCAGUGGGAGCAGCGGUGGUUUGCGCGGCGGCAGUGUGUGCGGCGGCGGCGUUGGUGGUGAGGCACAGGAUGAGAUGUUCAGGGAGGUGGGCCAGGGCUAUGGCGAUAAUAAGGGAGUUUGAAGAAAAUUGUGGGACCCCUAUUGGGAAGUUAAGACAGGUGGCUGAUGCUAUGGCUGUUGAGAUGCAUGCCGGUCUUGCAUCUGAGGGUGGUAGUAAGCUCAAGAUGUUAAUAAGCUAUGUAGAUAAUCUUCCUUCCGGAGAUGAGAAAGGAUUGUUCUAUGCAUUAGACCUUGGCGGAACAAAUUUUCGUGUUAUACGGGUACUGCUGGGAGGGAAGGAGGCAGGUGUUGUCAAACAAGAGUUUGAGGAAGUCUCAAUUCCUCCACACUUGAUGACAGGAUCUUCAGAGGCACUAUUUGAUUAUAUUGCUGCUGCGCUUGCUAAGUUUGUUGCUACAGAAGGUGAAGGUCUGCAUUCACCUGGGAGACAGAGGGAGCUUGGGUUUACCUUCUCGUUUCCAGUUAGGCAAACAUCAAUAGCAACUGGAAAUCUUAUAAAAUGGACAAAAGGCUUCUCAAUAGAAGAUGCGGUUGGACAAGAUGUGGUGGGAGAAUUAACCAAAGCCAUGGAGAGAAUUGGCCUCGACAUGCGUGUGGCGGCUUUGGUGAAUGAUACAAUUGGAACGUUAGCUGGAGGUAGAUACUUAAACCCGGAUGUCAUUGCUGCUGUAAUAUUGGGUACUGGAACAAAUGCAGCAUAUGUAGAGCGAGCACAUGCAAUUCCUAAGUGGCACGGUCUUCUACCCAAAUCUGGAGAAAUGGUUAUCAACAUGGAGUGGGGUAACUUCAGGUCAUCACACCUUCCACUAACGAAAUACGAUCAAGACUUGGAUGUUGAGUCUUUGAAUCCUGGAGAACAGAUUUUUGAAAAAAUUAUUUCUGGUAUGUAUUUGGGAGAAAUUGUACGCAGAGUUCUACUGAAAAUGGCUGAAGAGGCUGCCUUUUUUGGUGAUGUUGUUCCACUGAAACUGAAGAUUCCAUUCAUCUUAAGGACUCCUCACAUGUCUGCGAUGCACCAUGAUGCAUCUUCAGAUCUGAGAGUUGUUGGAAGCAAACUAAAGGAUAUCUUAGAGAUACCUAAUACCUCCCUCAAAAUGAGGAAAGCUAUUGUUGAGCUAUGUGACAUUGUUGCCACUCGUGGUGCCCGCCUAUCUGCUGCUGGUAUUGUAGGCAUCCUUAAGAAAUUGGGGAGAGAUGCAGUCAAGGAUGGCGAAAAGCAGAAGUCUGUGGUAGCAAUGGAUGGUGGGUUGUACGAACACUAUUCUGAAUUUAGUACCUGCAUGGAAAGCACUCUCAAGGAGUUGCUGGGAGAGGAAGUUUCUGACAACAUUGUCAUUGAGCAAUCUAAUGAUGGCUCAGGCAUUGGAGCUGCUCUCCUAGCAGCCUCCCAUUCCCAAUAUCUGGAGGUUGAAGAAUCGUGA